AAUUGGUUGUCAUGAAUGGUCAUGCAUGUAAUUUAGUUGGAAUUUAAAGGCUUAUUUGUUAUACAUUUGGAAUUAUGCUUGUUGUAUGUGCUGGAAUGGUUCCUACAAUGUUAUAAAAAAACUUUUUAUUUAUAUGUAUGUAUCUUUGUGGUACUUAUUUUGAAGAGGCAAGUGGCUUUAAUUGAGUUCGACUUUGAUAGUUAUAAGAGCUUAAGGUUAUCAACCACUAGAGAGAAACAGAGAGAAAUAUUUUGAAGCAAAAAUAUGGGUUAUUGGAAAACAAAAGUUCUUCCUAAAAUCAAGAAGGUUUUUGAGAAGAAUGGUACUAAGAAAGCUGCUGCUGCUGAGGCCUCUAAGUCCUUUGAUGAAUCAAAGGAGGGAAUCAAUACAGAGUUUGAGGAAAAGAAAACUGAACUUCAAACAAAAGUUCUUGCACUAUAUGAGGCUUCUUCAACUCAAAUCAAGGGUGUGAUCAAAGAACGAGAUGAAGCAGGGCUAAAGAAGAACUCAACAGAAGUUCAGAAAUUCAUAGAUGAACUUGUUAAAAUUGAUUUUCCUGGAUCAAAAGCAGUAUCUGAAGCAUCUUCAAAAUUUGGAACGGCCUUAGUUUCAGGUCCAAUUUUCUUUGUUUUUGAGAAAGUAUCAACUUUCAUAGUCACAGAAGAAAAAACUGAAGAAGUGGCUAAAACAGAAGAGGAAACAAGCGGUGUAAAAGAUAGGGAAAUUGUGGUUGAAGAAGGAAAAAAAGAAGAAACAAGUGAAUCUGCAGCUGAGAAGGCUGAAGAAAAAGCUAAGGCUGCAAAUGACUCUCUGGCUCCGCCGCCGCCGGAGAAAGAGGAAGAGAAACCGGUUGAAACAACUCCGGUGGAAAAAGUGGAACCUCCAAAGGCUUGAAGAUCAUAAAUAUGUUGUAUAUGUGUAAUAGUUUGCAUAUAUUCAAAAAAAAAUGUUACAUACCAAAAUCUCUUAUUCUUUUAUAUAUUGUGUAAUUGAAUUUGCUUUGCUUAGUUUGAUGCAUGUGAAUGUGUAUUGUGAAUCUCUCAUUUUGUAAUUUUCAUUUUUGUCAUUUUAAUGUCAAAGAAUUGUGACUUUGGAUUGAUCAA